UAUCUAAAUUUAAUUUAGUAUUAUCCCCAUUAGUAACAAAUAUAUAUGCUGUGCCAAGCUUUGGCGUAGUGAGUUAUUUAAAAAUGCAAACUUUUGUAUAAUUUAUAAAAUAGUUUAUAUGAGACGGGUCCCCAUUCAGCAUAUAUACAUUGAUAUAUAUACUUUGAUUUUUCAAAAAAUUUUGUGUUAAGCUAAAAUGGGUUUGCCAAGUAAGAUUUAUAAUGGAAUCAUUAGUGUCGUAGAUCCAUUGGUACCGAAAACAGGACGUGCAUUUUGGGAACAUCCAGCAGGACCAAAGACGGUAUUUUUCUGGGCUCCUCUAUUUAAAUGGGGACUUGUUAUUGCUGGCAUUAAGGAUUUAAAACGACCUGUUGAAAAAUUAUCGAUUAAUCAAUCUGUUGUUUUGGCUAUGACUGGUUUUAUAUGGUCACGUUACUCGGUUGUAAUAAUACCGAAAAAUUAUUCAUUACUAUCCGUCAAUCUUUUUGUAGGACUAUCACAACUUUAUCAAGCAACAAGAGCAAUAAACUACCGGAUGUCUCAAAAGGAUGCUUCAUCGGAAUAAAAUAUUAAGGUUAUUAAUGGGAAACCAAAAUUUAAAUUUUAUUUUUCUCUCGCUAUAAAAUUGGUAAAAGAUUUAAAAAUAGAAAUUAAUGCAUAUAUCUUAUAUAUAUUUUAUAAUAAAUAUACGCUUCGGUUUAUUGGAAGUCGUAAUUUAUUACCUUAAA